AUGGUGGAUUCGCCUACUGUUGGUCGCCGAUUGAACGAGCUUCGAAACGGCACAGACCUUUCGGAGCACCUCAUAUUUCCCAAUGUGUCUUAUGGCCCUAAGAACUUUAAGAAUGCGAUCAGGGACGCUGCCGUUUCCGCGUCUGAAUAUUUGCCUUGGCUUAGCUCUAUCACUCUACUAGACAUGGAGAUCUGGCUCAAAGGCAUUUAUACACCUGAGGAUGUCAUUACAGUCGCUCAGUAUCCCUUGGUGAAAGAAAUCGUCAUCUCCAAUCACGGCGUCGCCAGCUUGACAGUACUCCGGCUACACUUGAAGCUCUACCGGCUUGCGCAGCAGCGGCUCGAAACAUCAAUGCAAAAACGGUCGCCUGAAAACCAUCAAUGA